UUCCCAGCGGCACCUCGCCCUUGGGAGGUCACCCUUCCUGAGGACCCGGGGCGAUUCCCCGUGACUGCCCACUUCAGACACCGAGGGGUGCAGAUUUAGGUGGCGGCACCGCGACCCGGAGUGCUGUCCCCGCGCCAAGACCUGGAGCUCCCGCCUGUCCCCGGGAACCCCGAGGCCUAUGCGGGCGACGACGGGGGCAGGUCGCGCUCUCCGGCCCUGUGUCGCCGGGCCGGGGACGUCUGUUCCGCCCGCCGCGGCCCGCGCAGCAUGCAACACCCCCUGAGCCCAGGCUGGGAACUCUGCGCCCCGGGAGCCCGCAGAGGCGCCCGCGCAUGCGCCGCGCCGUCCCGCUGCUGUUUGACCGUUUCCAUGGCUACGCAGCCGGUCCGCUGGAUGUCCCGGGGCGAGAAAAUGAAGCUCAAGAGCCUCCUGCUCCGUUAUUAUCCGCCAGGAAUUAUGUUGGAAUAUGAAAAGAGUGGAGAAUUGAAGACCAAAUCCUUAGACUUGCUUGAUCUCAGCCCCAGCUUCAUCACAGGAAGCUAUGACCGGACGUGCAAACUCUGGGACACGGCGUCUGGAGAGGAGCUUCACACGCUGGAGGGCCACAGGAAUGUGGUUUAUGCCAUAGCGUUCAACAACCCCUAUGGUGACAAAAUUGCCACUGGGUCCUUCGAUAAGACUUGUAAACUGUGGAGUGUAGAAACGGGAAAAUGUUACCAUACGUUUAGGGGUCAUACAGCAGAAAUAGUGUGUCUAUCAUUCAACCCUCAAAGCACAUUGGUAGCUACUGGAAGUAUGGACAAAAUGGCCAAACUGUGGGACAUUCAGAGCGGAGAGGAAAUAUUCACGUUAAAGGGACAUUCGGCCGAAAUCAUCUGCUUGUCCUUUAACACCUCAGGCAACAGGAUCAUCACCGGGUCUUUUGACCACACCGUUGCAAUAUGGGACACUGCGACUGGAAGGAAGGUGUACACGCUAAUUGGGCAUUGUGCUGAGAUCAGCAGUGCCUUAUUCAGCUGGGAUUGCUCCCUGAUACUAACUGGCUCUAUGGACAAAACCUGCAUGCUGUGGGAUGCUACAAGUGGAAAAUGUGUGGCAACAUUAACAGGCCAUGAUGAUGAAAUCCUAGACAGCUGCUUUGAUUACACUGGAAAGCUUAUUGCAACUGCUUCUGCUGACGGAACAGCAAGAGUUUUCAGUGCAGUCACAAGAAAAUGCAUCACCAAACUGGAAGGUCAUGAAGGGGAGAUUUCAAAGAUUUCUUUCAACCCCCAAGGGAACCGUCUUCUAACGGGCAGCUCUGACAAAACAGCGAGAAUCUGGGAUGCUCAGACUGGCCAAUGCCUCCAAGUGCUUGAAGGGCACACUGAUGAAAUCUUUUCAUGUGCUUUCAACUAUAAAGGCAACAUAGUCAUCACAGGCAGCAAGGAUAACACCUGUCGGAUAUGGCAUUGACUGAAGAAAGCCGGUCGUGAGCAGUAAGACAAGAGCUGGGGCUUCACAGAGGGCCAGCCAGCUAUUUUGAUAUUUCAUGUGGUUUUUCCUUUAUUUCUUUUUCCCACAAGUCAACUGUUUAUACACUGUCCUUAGCUCCACAGACAUGGCCAUUAAAACUGAUGAAGUUACAUCAUUUCUUGACAUUAUUCGAUGGAGGUGACAAGAAACAGCGUAAUGUUUGGCAUGUGUCCCUGGCGAUUUCUAUUUUUGUUUUAUUUUUUAAUAGCAUCAUGAGACUGAUAAAUGAAAUCAGAAUAAUUUCACAAUGUGUCUCUACAAAAGUCUACUUUGGAGGCUAUUAUUAUCAUUUCUGUUGAAUAAAGUUUU